CCUCUGGAGGAAGUGUACUGUGUGUGUGUGUUGCUCUGCUGCUCACGCUGUCCGGAGCUGCUACGGGCUAAGCUAACAGCUAACCACCGCUCGGUCUGUUCUGAUCAUGGCUGCCUCAAAGCCAGUCGAGCCGCAGUCCGGGAGCGGACUCCCCCGCUGGCAGCUGGCCCUGUUAGUCGGGGCGCCCAUAGUGCUGGGAGUGGGGGCGGUGUACUUGUGGAACCGCAGCAGGACGAAGCCGGGCAAAGGCACCGGGGAGCGGAAAACUCCCGAAGGUAGCGCGAGCCCCGUGCAGCAGGGCCAGGACGGCGAGGCUCCGCGAGCCAACAGCGAACCGGAGAAAACGAGCCCACUGGAUCGAGCCCAGUCAGCAAAGAACAAGGGCAACAAGUACUUCAAAGCUGGCAAGUAUGAGAACGCCAUCCAGUGCUACACAGAGGCCAUCGCCCUCUGCCCCACAGAGCAGAAGUCUGAUCUGUCAACAUUUUACCAGAACAGAGCAGCAGCCUACGAACAGCAGUGUAAGUGGACAGAGGUGGUGCAGGACUGCUCUCGGGCUGUGGAGAUGAAUCCACGCUACAUCAAGGCUCUUUUCAGGAGAGCCAAAGCUCUGGAGAAACUUGACAACAACAAGGAGUGUCUCGAGGAUGUCACAGCGGUGUGUAUUCUUGAAGCCUUCCAGAACCAGCAGAGCAUGUUACUCGCAGACAAAGUUCUGAAGCUGCUGGGCAAAGAGAAGGCCAAAGAAAAGUACAAGAACCGUGAGCCCAUGAUGCCGUCGCCUCAGUUCAUCAAGUCGUACUUCAGCUCGUUCACAGACGACAUCAUCUCUCAGCCGCUGCAGAAAGGAGAGAAGAAGGACGAAGACAAGGACAACGAGGGCGAGACAGCCGAGGUGGCAGAGAGCUCUGGCUACCUGAAGGCGAAGCAGUACAUGGAGGAGGAGAACUACGACAAAAUCAUCAGCGAAUGCACCAAGGAGAUCGAGUCAGGCGGUCGUUACACUGCCGAGGCCCUGCUGCUGCGCGCCACCUUCUUCCUGCUGAUCGGAAAUGCCACUGGUGCUCAACCUGAUUUAGACCGAGUCAUCAACAUGCAGGAUGCCAAUGUGAAGCUACGAGCAAACGCGUUGAUCAAGCGCGGCAGCAUGUACAUGCAGCAGCAGCAGCCCAUGCUCUCCACACAGGACUUCAACAUGGCCGCCGAGAUCGACACACGAAACCCUGACGUGUAUCACCACCGAGGACAGCUGAAGAUCCUGCUGGACCAAGUGGACGAGGCGGUGGGAGACUUUGACGAGUGCAUCGUCCUCAGACCUGACUCUGCUCUGGCUCAGGCACAGAAAUGUUUCGCUCUCUACAGACAAGCUUAUACUGGAAACAACCCGUCACAAGUCCAGACGGCCAUGGACGGCUUUGAGGACGUCAUCAGGAGGUUUCCAAAGUGUGCAGAGGGCUACGCUCUUUAUGCUCAGGCUCUGACUGACCAGCAACAGUUUGGAAAGGCAGACGAGAUGUACGACAAGUGUAUCGAACUGGAACCAGAUAACGCUACCACAUAUGUCCACAAGGGGUUAUUACAGCUUCAGUGGAAACAGGACCUGGACUUGGGUCUGGAGCUCAUCAGUAAGGCCAUUGAAAUAGACAACAAGUGUGACUUUGCUUAUGAAACUAUGGGAACCAUUGAAGUGCAGAGGGGGAAUUUGGACAAGGCCAUAGAGAUGUUCAACAAGGCCAUUAACUUGGCCAAGUCAGAGAUGGAGAUGGCUCAUUUGUACUCGCUGUGUGACGCAGCGUACGCGCAGACAGAAGUUGCCAGGAAGUACGGCCUGAAACCGCCAACACUGUAACUCUUUCAGUCCAUCGCCAACCUCAGUCUGCAUCGCUUAAACACACCGACUGUGUUCAAACGUAACUGUCUGACUCACUUUGACCUGUAGACUAAAAACACACAGUACUUAAAUGUGGAAAUGCAAGAGCCCUGACAUAGAUAUAUAUAUAAUUUACACACACACACACACACACACACACAGUUUUCAUACCAUUAAAAAGGUUUGUUGUGAAGGAGCUGAAGAAUUUUCUCAAACUAAAUUGUCCAAAUCAUAGACUGUAUAUAAAGCCAGACGUAGUCUUCUGCUUGAAAAAAGUGAAGCCAAUGAAGUAGGACAGGAGUAGUUGUUGGCCACAAGGGGGGUGACUGCUGGUUUGAAACAGAACUUGGUUUGAGUAGAGGUUGAUAAGAAAAUGAGCCACUAUUGAAGUUUGUAAACCACUCACUCUCCCACACCAAAGUCCAUAGAGGAAAUCAGUGAUUUUAGCUGGCAGGGACACAGGAGCUGCUGGUCUACUGCUGCCUCGUGUGGUCACUUUGCGUCACUGAGGCCAAUAUGAAUGAUGUUUUUCAAACCCAGAAAAUUCCAAAAUACUUGUGAACUUAAUGAUGGAGGCAGCAGUGGAUCAACAACUCCUGUGUGCCCGCCAGCUAAAAUCACUGAUUUUCUCUAUGGACUUGAGAGUGAGUGGUUUACAAACUUCAGUAACCAGUAAUUGAACCACACUAAUGGUCCGUCUCUCCAAUAUACAGUAUUUUCAAUAAAAAUGAUGAAGUACAUAAUAAAUUCAUGAAACAAGUCAUCAAAAACUAAAAGAAAUAUACUUUUGGAUGAAAACAAUGAUUCAACGACUUUGUGACGUUUAUCACGUUUCUGAGAACAAAUCAAAUAUCAGCCUUAUUAAUGUCUACCUCUAUUAAUAAAUAUAGAGCAUGAUGUCAGUUUUGUCAAUUAUAUGUACUUUGUCAUCUAUUUUCCUCUAAAUGUGAACAUGAGUGGACACCCGUGUGAUUGACAGCUGGUAUCUGGUUAAAUGUUUUUUUUAAAGCAAAAAAAAAACCUGACAGUGACCAGGAAAUUGGGAAUCGCAAGGCUUCAAAAUGACAUUUUCGAUUUGCAGCCACAAGACUAUGUCCAUGUUUGAUUAUACAGUCUGUAAUCCCUAAUCCCAACACAGUCACAAGGUGAUGGUUCACGUGUGGUUCUAUGAGGUACUGACCAGUGCUGUAAGAUUCUGUGAAAACAACUCGCUCCACUGGUUUCAAACUGGUUUUGCGUAGAAGUCGAUGAGAAAAACCACUCACUCUCCCACACCAAAGUCCAUAGAGAAAAUCAGUGAUUUUUAGAUCACAGGGACACAGGAGCUGCUGGUCCUCUGCUGCCUCGUGUGGUCACUUUGUGUCACUGAAGUAAAUCUGAACAGGGGAUUUUUACGCCUAAAUUGACAAAUUAAGACAUUUGAACUUAGUGAUGAAGGCAGCAGUGGAUCAACAAUUCCUGUAUGCUGUGAUAUUAAAAUCACUGAUUUUCUCUAUGGACUUUGGUGUGGGAGAGUGAGUGGUUUAUAAACUUCAGUUUCCUGUUGGAAAUGUCUGACCGUGAGAUAAAGACGUGAACAUGUUCUUAAAGACAUUGUAGACUUAAACUGACGCAGAUUUUAUUAAAGUAACACAAAGUAGGAUUUGCUCCAGGGGUCCCCCUGCUGUUCGGAAACGGUAACUGUCGUAAAUGACAAGUUCAGACCACGUACAGCAGCCUGUGUUGGAGCAUGUUAUACUAAUAUGGUUACAUUAUUUGAUUUUACAACAUAUCAGAAACAAAAACUAACCCUGGAGAAAAAGAACGACAGUUCUGUAGUUUGCGUAGCUUGUGUUUUCUGACCUGAAUCCUGUAGUUCUGUCGUGCUAAUUAAGGAGAAAACAUAAUUUAAUGCGGUCUAAAUCCUUCCUUGUGUUGCUUUAACAAAAGCGUGUAUGCUUUUGUUUUGCAAAUUCUAGGCACUGGGGGGACUUGUAGUCGGAACUUGGAAUUUCCUAUGCAGUUUGCGGUAAAUCCGUCGUACACACAUGUGCGCAAGAUAGCAGGGAUGAGCCGAUACGUGGUAUUGUCCGAUACCACGUAUUGUCCUGGUCUGAACGUAUUGCACUGGUCUGAAAUCACUGGCGCGGAUAUCGGAAACAGAAAAAAAGCUAAAGCCGAUACAAUCCUAUUUAUCGCAUGUUUCACUGUUAACAGACUGUGACAAUGUAAAUAACAAUCAGCAGCAUUUUAGCUGAGUCAUGUUGUCGGCUGUUGAUUUCUUCUUUAUGGGAGAAUAAUAUUUAGAGAGUUAUGUUUGUGAAUUAGCUGUGAUCCGCGCAAAUGACCGUAUCGGACUGGUAUCGGUAUUCAUAGAUACUCGAUGUUGAGAUAUCAGUAUCGGGUAGGGCUGAAUUUGAUUUGGAAUAAACAUCUACUUGCGAUUAUUUUGACAGGAAUUGCGAGAUAUUGGAGGGAAAGGGUCAUUUUUACAUUUUCUACUGGAAUGCAGCAAUACCUCAUACCACCACACUUAAUUUAACAUAAACACACCUUAAUAAUCAACUAGAACAUCAUUAAAUCUUGUUUUUUCAAGUCCAAGCACACACACGGUGUAUGACGGUGUUUUUGUUUAACUGUGUCAAAUGAAUGUGUGCUGAUUCUGUGACAUCUUGGACGUGUCCAUGUCCAGCUACUUCCUCUUCCUCCUCCUCCUCAUCAUCAGUUCUGAAUGCAGGAUUAAACGUCAUGUCGUGUGUGUGUUUGUCAUGCUGGAGUUAAUCCCAGAGUUAAUGGGGCGACACAGGUUUCAAAGUGAUUUCAUUUUUCUUUAAAAAAAAAAAAAAGAACCUGGGAUUGCUUGUUUUCUUUUUUAUAACCUUUGUGCAGCAUGUUGACUUUAUAAAUAAAUGCAAUGCUUGUGCUGUCUUGAACACUAGGAAACUAAAAGAAUCUUAUUUUAUAUCAAAGGGUUUGGCGAAUGUGUUUGAAGGAGAAACAUUCAUUUUCUAUUCUGUUGUGAACUGACAUUGACUAUUCUCAUGCCAUAUUUGGUUUGAUCAGACUUGUUUCCAGCCGAUGUGCAGCUCUGAGAAUCUCAUGGUUCAGUGUGUGAUUUGGUUUUGGAGCAGCAUCUGAACACUGUACAAGAAAAAAAGUUGAGUUAUUUUGUGUUAAAAUUAGCAGAGAAUGUACGGUGAAAGACUUUUCCCUGAAUCACAUGUGCUCACAAUAAGAACCAAAUCAUACAUUCCAGCUGUUGGUGACAAGAUCUCGACAAUAAUUAAGGAAACGUGAAAAACGGAGCUGAAGCAGUUUAUCCACAAACAAAAGUCCACUAAAAGUUUUGUCUGUUUGAUAGAAAAUCAGAGAAACGUGUAAAGUGACCAAAGUAAAAGACAAGAUGAUGAAUUCUAAUAAAGUUAUAAUUCCUGGAAUGAA